AUGAUGAAGACAUGUGUGCUCUGUGGGCUUCAUACAGGAGACACCUUGUUUGUCUUCGCUGAGGGUGGGGCGUGUCCCUCCAGGUGCGCCGCCGCAGCUCAGGUGCGCAGCGCGCAGCAUCCUCCCGUUACACCGGCUGAGAGCUGCUGUAAUGUUCCCACCAUGAUCCUCGUCAGGUGGAUCGGCGGGUGCGUCCCUUUAUUCCUCCUCGGCGUCCUGUUCGAUGCUGUCGGCCUGAUUCUGCUUUUCGUGGGAAUAUUCGCCAACCUGCGCAUCGACGGCCGCUUUUACGGCGACUUCUUGAUCUACUCCGGCUCCCUGAUCAUCUUCAUCAGCCUGGCCUUCUGGCUCAUGUGGUACGUGGGGAACGUCGAGGUGUCGGAGGGCGACGGCUCGGAGAAGACGAGCAGCAUCGUGCUGCUGGCGCGGAAGUUAUCGGAAAGGUUGAGCCAGACGCUGAGAGGCGAGGAAGGCGUGAAAUGCGUGGAAGACUGCAGCCAGGUGGGGUCACCUGCACACAAAGCCAGCCGGGUGACAUGGGGCAGAUCUACAGCCUACCACAAUGAAGGCUUUGAUGACAGUCUGGACUCCCCUGCAGAGGACAGGAAGGUGGAAAAACAAGAAGAAGAAGAAAAACAAGCGUUCUGAAGGACCACCUGAACGGGUACCUGCAUGUUGCUCUGAUCAGUAACAGUCUCUGUUGGAUGAAGGAUGGUGCUGCAUGAUGACAGGCUGCAGCCAGGGUUUGAAAAAUACCGCAUGCGCUCCAAACCCCCUUAAGAAAACACUAAAAAUAAGAUUUCUGCAUGUUUAUCACUGCUUUCACUUUCAGUAGCACUUUAUUUCACAGGUCCAUCAUUUCCAAACGGCUGAGAGAGUUUCCUGUAUGAGUGUCAGUUAAUCAGUUUCAAACAAAGAUGAGUUUAAAGUGUUUUAUUAGCUGGAAAACACGAGAAACUGGUCGACAGGCAAGAACACAAUUCAACAUGCAGCAAUAAUUAAAUUUCCAUUAAGAAAACACUGAAUAUUUAUUUGGUUUUAAAUGGAGCAGUUGAGAAAUCUUUUCUUUAAUUAUCACCAAAGUACACAUUAAUUAUGUAUUUUAUUUUAUUAAGUGAGCUGCUCAGUUGUUGUUUUUUAUGUUCAUUUUAUUUCCUAACAUCAGGGUUAAAAUAUUGAUUUAAAGCUGUCAGUUGAAGCUCGAUUACCAACACGACCAAAGACCUGCCUGUCUGCAUGUUCACCAUGUGGCAAAUAGUUUGUGGUAAUUCAUUUUAAAUGUGUUUGUUAAUAUUCUCUUUACCACUGAAGCACAUUAUAAUAAGCAUGUUUGUAAUAAGAAUUAUAAUAAUAAGGCAACACCUUCAUUAUUCAGGUAUUACUGUGGUGGGGUCCCAAGUUAAAUUCUGGUUUUAAUCCCACUUUAUUAUUUCAGUUUUUUUUGUGCUCAUGGUGCAAAUUAAUAAAUAAAAUUGUACUUAAACAAAGUUUGUUAUAUAGAGAGAAACCCACAGAGAACGGGACAAACACAGAGGCCACUCGGGACCCCGGGACCCCUAGUAGGUUGAUCCGGCCCUGCUGCCAGGAUCAAAUUUCUGCAAACUGAAUCUUUUAUUCGUUGUCUUGGUCUAAAUUGAUGUAUAUUGAAUCUACAAAAUACUGGAAAACGGCAUUCCUGACCUCCGUGUGCUCUU